AUGGCAUCGACAAACAGUGCCCCUAACCUAGUCCUGCCGCCCACACCUCACCUCCCACCCCCAACCACGACCGGGUACGUGGACCUACCCACCGGUAACGCCAUCUGGUAUGCCACAUUCGGCCCUAGCCUGGUUGACACCUUGGCAGACCAACGAAUCCCCAUCAUAUUCCUCCACGGGGCACUUGCCAACUCGGACUGGUGGGGCCACCAGAUUGCCUUUCUCCUCCGCCACUACGCCAACCACGGCGAGGAGGCAACCACGCUCAUCACCAUCGACCUGCGAUUCCUCGGCCGCUCCACCUAUGGCCCUUAUACCGGCGGCGGCGAAGGAGACGACGACGACGACGACGACGACGAGUGCAGCUUCCCCGUAACUUUUGCCCUCAAGACGGCCGACACGGUGGCGGUGCUGGACCACCUCGGUAUCCCGUGCGCUGCGGCCGUCGGCUGGAGCAAUGGGGCCACCGUCCUCGUCGACGCGCUGACCAAGCACCCGGCGCGCAUAGAGCGCGCCCUGUUGCUCGCGGGCUUCUUUGACGCCGACAAGUCGCUCUACCAUUCUCCGCCGCCGCCGCCGCCCUCGUCGGCCUCGGCGGAGUACGAGCCCCGCACCCUGGCCGAGAUGCUCUUGCUGUCCCAGGCGCCCGACCUGGUCCCCGCGGUGAGGGACGCCUACGGCGUAGAGUACGCCAGGGAGCCGCACUGGAGCUCCGGGGACUUGGCCAGGAUACCGCCGAGGCGCCGCGGCGGUCGAGACGGUGGUGGCUGUGGUGGUGGCCCUCUGGUGUGGUUCGUUGAGGGUCAGUGGGAGGAGGUGGUCGUCCGCGGCACCGCCGCCGUCAUGGCGGGUUGGGUUCCCGGUAGCGAGGCGGUCGUCUUGCCCGGGGACCCUGAAUUAUUCAACGCCGAGCUCUUACGCUUCUUGCGAGCCUGA